CAGACACACAGACGUUCGCAAUGAUGAGUGAAUGAAUGGUUGAGUCCGUGUACACGAAUGUCCAACAGUCGCACUCUCUCCUGUGCCACGCGCCAAGAGCGAUGGGCAGCAGGAAGCAUGAGCUAACAUGCUUCCCACUGGUCAUCGCCGUGACUGCGCAACAGGGAAGAGCACCGACGGCUACGAAGACAUACCCGCACUCUCACACGCUCGUCCGUUCGUGGGCCUGCCUGCUGCUAGUCUGCAUCUGGAGAGCUAGCUGCCUACACUGCACAAGACUGUAGCUGGCGUGCGGUGAGCGGUCUUUCUCUCGCGCACGAGCCCUCUCUACGGACGCAUUGAUCACGCAUCUAUACCCUUCCUUCAUUGUACUGUACUCAUCAAAAUCGACCCGCCACGCACCACCACUUACCCACUUACCCACCUCUGGAUAAAAAUCAAAACGGCCAGAGGUGUGCUUACACAGUUUAGUCACACACAGACGUACAGACAGGAAUGUAGAUACGGCAAGGCUAUGUACACUCGACUCACGUACGUACGGACCCACACCGGCAGCCCAGACAGACAGAGGCGGCCGACCGACGGACCGAGCGACCGACACGUGAACCUCUCAAACACUCUCCCCCUCCCCCGCCCCCCCCUGCCUUCUCUCUCUGUACACACCACGCACAUCCAUGCAUGCACACAUGUACGUAUCUAUCUACCUGUCUUCCUCGCUCAUUCCCACGUCUGCGACUCGAUCUUGGGCCCUCUCGCCCUCUCGCCCGCCACCCCAUCCAACACGCCAGCACCAGCACCACUGCCCCCGCCAUUAAUGACGCGAGCCGGUUGCUCGGUCUCGGUGGGGUUGUAGGGCUCGUGUGGCUCCAGAGCUGACUCGUUCCUCAGGGCGUAGAAGGCCAUGCACGCGUGCGGCGAUGACGUCACGCUCACAGAUGCGUGCAACGCCUGGUGGUGGUGAUGGAGAAUAGAGAGGAAAGAACAGAUUGCAUACGCCUCAGAUAUGUGUGUGUGUGGUGCUGGCUGACCUCCAGGUGUGCGUGGGCGGUUUUGUUAUUGCACAUGAUGAGCGUGGGGAUGUCGUCACAAUAAUCGUCACGCACCUGACACAAAGCACAGGAAACAAACGGCAUUUGAUCGACCUGCGCGCCCACGUGUGAAUCUGGACAUCCACACCUUCUGCGCCAGCAGGCCCCCGGCUUUCGUGUUUCGAUGCCCGUCGGCCUCCAUGCUGCAGGCGGCACAGACAACCGACCACGACACACACAUCCACACACACACGGCAGAGCCGAUAUACAUUGUCAUCCAUCGUGCCUCCCUCCCCACGCAUUGACGGACAUGAUCUGGUCGGUGAUGAUGUGCAGUGAGGGGCAGCAGAGCAGCGGCACCUGCACCUCCAUCUCACCAAACCGGUAAGUGGCCCCAGACUCCAACGCAUUCAACGCCAGACGGGGAGACGUCUUGACACUCACCUGCACCAAUCACCCCAUCCAAACGCAGAUCAGAUUGAUACUCAAUCAACAUGUGGAUGUGUGUGCAGUGCAGUGCACACUGACCUGCCAGCCCUGGUCGCACGCGUCGUUCAGCAACUCGAGCACCGCUCCCGAUGGACAGUCGCAGCACCACACGAGCUGUGGACUCGACGAGGCGUACCACACCAGCCGGAAUUUGUCAACCCACGUCAGGUGGUCGCCCACCCGCCGAUGCCGCUCCCACACCGCCGGCACCACACACUCGGCGUCUCCCACAGACACCGUCCGCGACGUGGCACGCGUCGAGGUCCUGUCGUCUUCUUCACCAAUCAUGCCAUCCAACUCUGCACAAUCGCGUGGCUCCUCCGGCCCGUCGGAGGCCGCGUCGAGCGUCUCGAUGGUCGGGGCGGGCUGUGGCCUGGCGAGGCGCAGCGGAUGGCGGUUCUCGCGUAAUGGGUGCGUGACGGACGUGCCGUUGGCCUGCAGUGUGGAUGGGCCGUACAGAGGGAGGCUCCGUAGAGUCGGCAAAGAUGCCAGAAGGCCUGCAACAGAGAGAGACAUUGAUGUGCCUUAAGCAUGUCCACAGAUGGCGGCAAGAUCUGGUCUGGGCGCGAUUGGCCGAAUGUACCUCUGUUCAUCAAUCUGCGCCAGAACGUCUCAGACAGGAAGCGCCGCCCAAACCGGUUGCGGCGCACCAACACAGGCCACAUGUCCAUCUGACAAACAAACAAACAAACACACACACACACAGAAUUGCCAAUGCACACAUGCUGUCUGUCAUCGCUCGGCGAGUGUUGGCGCACCUCUGCUGUGAGUGAGAGGCCCGUGUUGCUGGUCUGCAUAAGGACGAAGAGGUCCUUGGCGCAGAGGAACGCCAGCAGCUCGGUGAACAGGGCAUCUGGCACGUGCAGGAUGCGGUCGGAUGGACCCGCUGACGAGCCCAU